AUGAAGGUCCACCCAGCCCUAAAGAAGAGGAACAUCGCUUCUCCCUACGACGUCGCUUCCUCUUCCACCCUAAAGAAACUCAGAAAACUGCCUCACGUUUUCGCUAAAGUUCUCCAGCUACCUUUCCAUUCAAACGCCGACGUUUCCGUCCAAGAAACCUCCGAUUCUUUCCGUUUCACCGUCGCAACCACCCGAGAUUCCACCCACGCCGGUUUCCGCGCCCACGCGGUUGAGAUCUAUCCCGGCGUCAUCAAGAUUAAUGUGGUCAGAGGAACGGACGGCGCCGAUGUUUCAGUAGAUGAUCAGCUGAAUCUCUGGAGGUAUCGGCUCCCGGCUUCUACGAAGCCAGAGAUGGCAAGCGCGAGAUGUAAUGGUCAAGAAUUGGUUGUGAUAGUGCCGAAGGAAGUGAAUUCCGAAGACAUGAUUGGUUUGAAAGAUCAAGAAGAUGGAGAGGUUAGGGGUGAAGAAAAUGGGAAAGUUAUCAUGGUUCAGUAG